AUGGAAGCUAAAAACGACGGACGCGGAGAGAAAUACACCUUGGCCAAUCUAAAAGAAGUACCAUUAUCCGGCGAUGACAAUCUUUGCUGGCGUGGUCUCUUUGAUUCAGCCAUCAUUGCCGUUGGACCUGAAAUAAGGAAACCUCUACAAAAUAUUAGAGGGCUAGAGCUAAACUUCAAUGUCAUGCUGCAGCUAUCAGCCGUUGAAUAUCCUGUUCUAGUUGAUUCGGGUCUCGUCCUCAUCGGCUAUUCUACAGCACUCAUUCCUAUACGAAAGACGGAAGAUGGGAUGAUAAUGUGGCACCUUGAGGUUGCCAAAAAUGAUUUUCAGAUCAAAAUUGCCGAUAUAGAAGCUAUUAAAGAUCCCAAGACAUGGCUGAGAGUUGAAGAUCUUGAUAAACUUCGAUCUCACAGGGCCUUGCUAGGCUGGUGUUCGGCAUCAAACAUUUUACUUGGCACUGACCGACUCGCCAUGGAUGUAACCUGGUCUAAUGCGAAGAUCAAGGCUACUUCAUGGCAUUGGAAAGGAGCUAAUCUACAGCUCCUCGCACAGUCUUCUGCACCUCUGCAGAUUGGUGGUCAGGCUGGCAUGUCAUUUGACCGUACUAUCAACACGAUCCAAUUCAGCCCCUCUGGAAACUACCUUAAGUGUUUGCGCAGCAGUGCUCUGGUUCCAAUUGUGCUAUAUGACGUGACUUCAAAGAGAGCAUGGCUUGUCUCAUUGCUCUCAGUACUACACCAUAUGCUCCUCGUCUAUUGCGACACGAUAGAUGAGGGCUUACGUGGUGCAAAAGCACCAAUAGCAAAGAAUGAUGGCUCUAAUGGCUCAUUGGAAGCCUUGAGUGGCAGUGGUGGUAAAACUGUUGAGAAAUCAGGCCAAGACGCAUUAACGAUCAGAGAACUUAUUAUGGGAUUUUCGGUAAAUUUAUCGAAGGCGUCGCUGCAGAAGCCAAAAAAGUCUACCAUAUAUGGAUACGAAUUUAUGGAUAUUGUAAUGGACUCGACACGAUCAGAACUCAAAAAGACGACACUGGAGAAAGAGGGCCUGGCAUGGACUUCCCUCCUAAACGAGGUUAAUUGUCUGUUCUGUUCAAACCUCGGCGAUGCAAUUGUCGGACGUAUUAAAUGUGAUGAUUUCCCAUCAUGCAACACAUUACCCCCGAGUUUGGAUUAUAUGGCCGCCUCCGUACAAAGCUUGAAGGCUCUUUCCAAGAGACAUGGCGGACACAUAGAUGGAGAGGCUACUCGGCUUUCUCAGAGCUGUUACCUGCAGCUUACUGGUUCGCCUUUUCAAAGUCAUCACGGUCAUGCUGAUCCCUGUUGGGAAAAUGUUGACUUCCUGCAAGAAAUUCAAACCUCUCAGCCAGCCAAUAAGACGCGCCAUCAGAGUCUUGAUAAGUAUUCAUCUGGUGCUCUGGUCUUCGGGAAAGCCGUUCGAACAAAAGCAGAACGAAUGCAUGACUGGCGUGGAUCACAGGUGGAUGUUGAUAGCGUAGUUGAAGAGAAGAACUUCAAAAAGCAUAUCAUGUUUGUUCGUUCCGACUAG